CAUUCUUUUCUUUAAUUUCAGAUGUUGCGUUCAUAUAAAAAAACCCCCUCUUCCCGCUGAGAAAAUUGGCUUUAGGUCAAAGUGGAGGAUGCAACUCCUAUGAUUUUAGAGCCGAUGCCAGACCGCGAACUAAUGUACAGUCUUGUGGACCAUGCGUGGUCUGCAUGCGAUUACGUUCUAUCGUGGACUUGCCUUGCCAAUUUUCAUAGAAAAAAAAAAACCAAAAUGGAUAGGACGAAUUACGGAAAUAGUACGCUACGUCGAUUUUACGUUGUUAAUACGCUCAGCUGAGUGACCGAUAAAUGCUUAGCGGCUAGUAAGCAAAGGGGAUGGCCAAGGCUUGUUCCACUCUCACUUACCAUGUUCAAUUCCUGGUCUAAUGAUCGCUCAAGUCCUUCCAGUCCGACAUUCUACUCCAAUGGUCCACCUCGAUUCAAUCGCUCGGUUUCUUCUGACGUUGUGAUUCAACGGAAUAAUAACACCUUUCGUGAGACGUCUGGGUUUAACCCUGCGCCACAAUUUAACCGCCCCUUACUCGACAAGCGAUCGCAGACGACUAGCUUUUCAUUCGAAGCCCCAUCCAGAGAUUCGGUCAUGGAGAAUUAUCGUGACGGAGCCGAGUAUAGUUAUCUAGCUGGCAACGAAAACAACCGGUAUUCCGUUCCACAGUCCAGAAACGAAGUGAACCUCCAAGGUCGACUAGAGCGUACGUCGUCACUCAUGGCGGCCAAAGAAGCUAUAUCGUCGAGCGAUCCAGCUUCAUCAUAUACCCCUGCGGACGAGCCCAUUGGUGAAGAAGACAGGCAUCCUGACAAUCAAAGUGAACAGAAUUCUACCGACAAUCCGCUCGACCAGAGCCAACCCACAGAAGUAGAAGAACACCCAUUGUCUGAACAAUCGAAAGAGGAACUUUUAAAGCAACUGGAGCACUACGACUUGAUGCUCAACCGACUACAAGCAGAUUUAGAGCAAGAGACUAUACGUAACAAAGAACUCAACGGCGACUUGGCGCAAACUCGGAAGCAGCUGCAUCGACGAGAACAAGAGUAUGCACGCAUUGAGCAUAAUUUCUUUGAACACACUAAAAUUAUACGAGCCACCGAUGAUGAUCUAUCAACCAUUCGUGAUUCCUUCAAACUUCUAAAGUACGGCAUUACCCGGUUUGUCAUGAGUCUCAACAAGAAGGCAGAUCGUGAAAAAGCCACUGAAAAAUUCCAAGCCCUGUGGCCGCACUUACCUUUGCUUGAGCUGGGAACCCCUUUGGAACACGGUCAUAUCAACAUGCUCACAGAAAAAUUAAUCCACCAGCAUUUGAACAACCUGAUUUUCAAAAGCCCGUUGUAUCCUGGGUUACAUAUCAAUGGUGCGUACUCUGAAAUGAGUCGCUGGUUGCAAGACCACGGCUCGGAAUUCUCUACCCGCCUGCGACAGCAAUUGACGGCUAUCAUUGCCAAGAGCAAGCCAGAAACCGAUAUCCAAAUGGAAGCCCAGUCUGCUCGGGCGCAUAUAUUGGAAGUCGUCUAUAAUGAUCUGGCUGAAAUAUAUGAUCCUGUCAUGCGCGAAACAGAUCAAGCUGCUCAAGAUGGCAAUGGAGCUUAUUAUAGUAAAAUUCGAGAAAUCAUAGACAAGAGCUUGAAACUCUCUAUUGCUAUCCGAGGUCAAGACGUUGAUAUAAGCAUCCUGCCUAUCCAGGAAGGUGAACAAUCCUUUGACGAUGAAACCAUGGUAGAGGUCAAAGGCAAAACCGAAGGGAAAAUCAAGUUUUGCAUUUGCCCACCGUUCUUUGGUGGAGACGGAGAACACGGGUUUUUGGAGAAGGGCAAAGUCGUUUGCUAGCUGAGGCAUUAGCAAAUUAUAUCAUGUUGUUUAUACACAACCAAUACAUCCAUUUCUUUUUUUUUUCGUCUCGUCUGAAAUAAAAUUAUGGCCGUCGACAGUAUGUAACAAUAAUCCAGCCACAGUACAAAAGACCAUAUACCGGGU